UCAAAUUAGAUUAAUUAAAAUUUAGGAUUUUAAGCCCUCUUUCUCUUUAUAAAACUUUAUCCUUUCAUCAACUCUCUUUUUCUCAUACAGAAACUCUCCACAGGAGCCAUGGAAAGGCUUCUAUAUUCAUCUUCUCCUACUCAAUUGAAGUUUUUGCCUCUUAAGCCUCGAAUGCUGCGAUCUGACUCACCAAAACUCGGUUUAUUUCCUCUUUCACGGCCCGAUUUCAAGCGAUUCAGCCCAAUUUCGUGCAAAAACGACAACCCAUCUCAGUUCGGUUAUUCUUCUUCGUCAAAGUUGAAAAUUUUGAAGUCUAUUUCUUUUUCUCGAGAUGACUCGCCCAAUGAGAAGACACCCAGUGCUCCUUCUUUCAAGCAGAUCGCUGCAAGUGCUGUUGAACCGAAAAAGCCUUUUCAGGGAAUUGCUGCUGGAACUUUUGUGGCACUCUCUGCUAUCAUUGUGCUCUUGAUCCACCCAGUUUUUGUGCCAGCAGCUUUUGCAACGUUUCAAACUGCUGCAAAGACGACGGGUCCUGCAGCUGCAACAGCUGGAGGCAAGCUUCUCCGGAAUGAAUUACUGAGUAGUGCUUGGACUGGUUUCUUUGCAGGUUGCUUACAUACACUUUCAGGGCCAGACCACCUUGCUGCUUUGGCUCCAUUGUCAAUUGGCCGUACUCGAUUGGAAAGUGCUGCAGUUGGAGCCCUUUGGGGCUGUGGCCAUGAUGCUGGUCAAGUUAUCUUUGGGUUACUAUUUCUGCUACUGAAGGAUCGGCUCCACAUUGAAAUCAUCCGAAAUUGGGGCACAAAAGUUGUGGGAUUAACUCUACUUGCUAUUGGUGUUAUGGGUAUUAAGGAAGCAUCGGAAGUCCCCACUCCGUGUGUUGCCCUUGAAAAUGGCGAGUGUGACGUUAGUGUCUAUGAAUCUCUUGAAAACCCUGCUGUUGUCAAAAAGAAGAUUGGUCUUGCUACAUUUGCCACUGGAAUUGUUCAUGGUUUCCAACCAGAUGCUCUGAUGAUCAUCUUGCCUGCGCUUGCUUUGCCUUCACGUUUGGCUGGAACCGCCUUUCUCAUUAUGUUCUUACUUGGGACAGUAGUUGCAAUGGGAAGCUAUACAGUAUUUUUAGGUUCAUGUAGUCGGGCACUAAAAGAUAGGGUACCCAGAAUCACUGAGAAACUCACAUGGGCAGCUUCCAUUUUAGCAAUGGCCCUGGGAGUUGCCAUUCUCAUCAGUCAAUUUUUUGGAUAUAGCUUGUAUUGAUCAAUCUAACCCAGUAUCAAAAUCUGCAUUGUGGAAGUCUCUUUUUACCACUAGACAGAUCAUAGAAAGAGUUACUAUUUUUGUUCACCACAAGAGUUCAUUGAUGCAAAAUCCUAUCCCAUGUAGAAAUGUUGCCCUUAUCAUCUUGUUUUGAUUUCAGGUCGUAACCUUUGAUAAGGAAACCUUCUGCACUAUAAAGUCUUAGAGAAAUUCUUUUAUGAUAGAAUAUGUGUUUUCAUUUA